AUGAAGGUCAUGGGAGUCGUCGGCAAGGGUAACAGCCCACAUAUCCGCGCCAUUGAACCUGGCGAUGUGGUCGUCGUCGUUGGACGCACCGGAGGUCCCAAGAACAAGGUCUUGCGUGCCAUUGUGACACGUAUGCGAAGAGGCCAACCGGACCCUUUGAAGAACGGCAUGCAGAAUGCCUUCGACACCAACUGUGGCGUACUGGUUGACAAGGAAGGGAACCCUGUCGGUUGCUGCCUCAGAACCAGAUUUGAUGUGAAUCAAAAUACACUAUAA